GAACCUGCUGUAGGGAAUGAAGUAAAUUGAAAGGGUGUGUCGGGCAGUAACUGAGAGAAACACGGGAUAAAAAAAAACAGAAAUGGCAGCUUCACAUAACUUUCUACCAGAAGGUUUUGCAGUCUUCAGCGGUCAAUAGGUUUUGACUGGAUGGAGUCUCUUCCAUUUUAUUAGAGUGGUGACUUUACUUCAACAUUAAUUCACUCGACUGUGAAGCACUUCAGGAAAUCCUAAGGAUGUGAAAGGUGCCAUAUAAUUUGCUGAGUCAAAAUCCUGGAGUUGCCUCCCUGAGAUGGCAUUUUGGGUCAACCUAUAGCAUGUGGACUGCAGCAGUUCAAGAAGGCAGCUCACCACUACCUUCUCAAGGGCAGCUACGGACAGGCAAUAUAUCCUGGCCUAAUCAGUGACACCCAUGUCCCACAAAAUGAAUUCAGCUUGGGAAAAGCAUAUUGAAGACCUUCUGCCUCUCGGCUUGUUAGGAAUUCUAAGAAGUGGUUUGGAUGCUCUCUGCCAAAAAAAGCUCAGAAAUGGCCUAUCAGAAAGUGGACCAGAGAUUUCGAGUACACACUCAAGAUGUGGAUGCUGAAGAACUUCCAGUUCCUUCAUUAGACUUAGAGUGGGACAUGGAAAAGGAGUUAGAAGAAAGUGGAUUUCAUGGCUUCGAACCAGAUCAUUCGAGCCAGCAUCAUUUGGGUAACUCCGCUGGAAGCCCGGAUCUUGACUUUGAAUUUAUGCAGCCUUCAGCAUCACCUCGAGGAAGAUUUGCACGUCUAGAAGAAGAGUCUGAUUACGUGGCGCAUCCAAGACAAGGAUCAAAAAAUCAGCAGGGCAGCUUUACUAACAUAGUAAAACUCUUUGUCGCAGGGUUUAUUAUAUUUAUUUGUGGUUUUCUAAUUGGUUACUAUGGACGGAAAAGUAACUCAAAACAUACCUUGCCAAAUAAUAUAACAACACCAAUGCCGUCUGCAACGUCAACUGCAGUAUCUGAUGAUGGCACUGAGCUUCAGAAUAUUGUUCAGGCAAUUGAAGGCGACAGCAUCAGGAGGUUUUUCAGGAAUCUUACACAGUUUGCUGCUGAGUCAGACCAGGGGAGUUCUGCCGCACAUAUUAUGGAGCAGUGGACUGCGUCUGGUUUAACAGAAAUCUGCUUAGUCAAUUAUACAGUUCUUCUCAGCUUGCCUGAUGCGGACCAAAACAAAAUCAUUCUGACAAAUAGCAGCCAGUGCUUUCGUCCCAAUGGACAACGAUGCGGUACUCUACCCUCAGCCCCACAUGGCACGAAAGAAAAGCAUGACCUUCUUUAUUUCUAUGCAGCUUAUUCUGCCAAAGGAUCUCUGGAGACAGAGAUCAUUGAUGUACAAUAUGGAACAAUUGAUGAUCUGCUCCAACUUCAAUCAAGCACCAACGUUACCAAAAAAAUUGCACUAAUUAAACUUGGAAAGGCACCUUUGUUAUACAAGUUAUCUUUAUUGUUGGAGGCUGGUUUUGGAGGAGCUUUGGUCUACAUUGACCCUUGUGAUUCGCCCCCAGAGGAGAAGCUUGGGGAUGAGACAUUUUGGAUUUCUUUGAAUCCUGGAGGAGAUCCAUCUACACCAGGAUACCCUAGUAUUGGUGGAAUCUUCAGGGAAGAUCAAGCAAACGUUACAUCUUUGCUCGUUCAACCAAUUGCUACAUCUCUGGCUAAAGAACUACUUUCAUCAACAGAAAAGACAAAUGGAAAUGGAUGCUUUCACCUCACCAACUCAAGUGCAGUCAGUAAAACCAUCAGGCUGGAAGUGGCAACAGUGUCGGAAUAUAGAACGAUCCAGAAUGUAAUUGGCUACCUGAAAGGAUCCAUCAAUCCAGAUAAAUAUGUCAUUGUUGGCAGUCACCAUGGUAACAGUGAAGAACUUUGGACCAGCAGCACUUCCAUUCUUACUGAAGUAAUCAGAUCUGUGAUGUCCCAGGUUCAGAAGAAAAAAUGGCGACCAAAUCGUACUAUUUUGUUUUGUUCCUGGGGAGGAAGCGUUUUUGGCAAAAUCGGCUCACAUGAAUGGGCAGAGGAAAUGAAACAUGUCCUACAGAGUAAUGCUGUGGCCUAUAUUAACCUAUACAAACCUGUUAUGGGAAAUGGAAUCCUGAACACUGUGGUGUCACCUUCUCUUCGGCAACUGGCAACAGAUGUUACGAACAAGAGGUUUUCUUUGAACUGUACACGGCAAGAAAAUUGUUCAGGAAGAAAGAUCAACUCAGUUCAGGUGGAAGGAAACAGUGAUGUCUUCAUAAAUCAUCUUGGAGUGCCAACUGUUCAAUUUGCAUAUCAGGACACAAAACCGUCAAUGGGGCCAGGAUUUCUAUCGGAAGCACUUCUGCUAAAUGAUGCGUCGUUGGUUGAGGCUUUUGAUCCCAACUUUAAUCUUCAUGAAACCAUUGCUAAGUUGACCGCUGAAAUGAUUCUGCGUAUAGCAAAUGAGCCAGUUCUCCCUUUCAGUGUCCUGGAUGUAGCCCUGGAGAUUCAAGAGAAACUCAAAGAUGACAACAUUGCUUCAGAGCAAAUGUUGGGAUUGGCCAGCAUGUUGAGAGAAACCGCACAACUUUUUCAGUCAGAUGAAAUGCGUCCAGCUAAUGAUCCAGAGGAAAGAGAUCCUGCCCAUCUGAGAAUGCUAAAUGAUGUACUGCAGAAUCUAGAGAAAAACUUUCUGAUCCAUCAUGCUCCACCAGGCUACUAUAGAAAUAUUCUAUAUCAUCUCAAUGAAUCAUCAAGACAAUUCUCUGUCCUGAAAGAAGCUGUUAACCACUGCAAACUUCAGAAGACAAACCAAACUCUGUCCAAAAUUGUAUCUCUGGUGCGGAACAGCAUUAGAUCUGCUCAGGUUUACUUAAAGACAGGUUUGGAUGUGUUUGAGAAUAUUCAAAAUACAAAAAUAACAAACUGACAUUUGAACUAGAAAAAUACAAUAUAGAGGUCGGAAGAUUUUCUUCUGCAGAGAUAGAUAAAUUACUGAAAGGUGACACAUGAAUUUACCAAAGGGCCCACUUACAAUCGGAAUUAUAUUCGGGGCCAAUUUCAAAUACACAAAAUAAACUAUUUAAUAGUUAUCUUCACUGAUAACUAAUGGUUAUUGUGAACAACUGAGUCAGGCGCUCAAACAUGUUUACUUACAGAAUUCAAAUUUGCCCCAAUUGUUUUACUACCUAUUUGCAAUGAUAGGAUAAUGUGAUGCUUGUUGAUAAUAAUUAUGUGGAGACUCGAUCUUUGAAUGGUUAGAUAUUUCCAGUCUUCUAAGGUUGUUAACUAUGUGAUUGAAAAGAUUUGGAAAAAUAAAUGCACAUUCACAGAAAUAAUACAUUCAAUCCAUGAACAGACUGAGCAAUGAAACAAUGAAUGUUGUAUAAGCACUUAAUUAUUUUCAUUAUAAACUACCUUCAAAAUGGGCAAUUAAUGAAAUUGACAAAGUCUUCGAGUUUUAUUAGGCUAUUAAAACAUAAUGUGCCUUUCAUAUUGAGGUGUAUGUUGUAUAUAAGAGUAUUGCUCAUUGCAACCUGUGGAAUGUCGUAAGGCAAGAUAAUUUGUGUCAAACAAAUGCCUUAUGUAGAACAGUGACCAUACUUCUUUUUUAAUCUGUCAAGUGGAACAGACAAUGAAAACUUAUAUGUUGGAUUAAUAUGCAGAAGUGUGUUAUUGUAAUGUCCUCUUACAAAACCAAGCCAUUGUGUUUUGACAACUGAAUGCAUAUAGAGAAACUGAAUUUUCGGUACCUGUUUUAUUUGUAAAUCAAAAUGCUGGCUUAUGAAAGAUAUACAGUGUGAAACAAUAGAAUCACGUUUUUUAUUCACUAUCAUGACAGAUCGCUGCCUAAAUCUUCAAUAUACUUCUGUGGUACUUCUUUAUUUUGAAACACACUUGUUCCAUAGUUGUUAAUGACUUGAAAGGUCAUGUGAUAUGUUUCUGCUCAAGUGAACCUAAAGAUGCCGGAAAUGCUUUCCUAUCAGUUUGACAUUCUUCAAAAACUGUGAAAAAGUUCCCUUCGGACUAUCUCAUAAAUAUAGACACCAGGAGAUAUUCUGCUCCUUCAUUUAAAACUUAUCAGAACAGAAUUAUAAUGUAUGAGGCUGUACUUCUACCUGCAAAUUAUGAAUUCUUAGUUUGGGCUAAAGCACAGUUAUUGGCCUGAAUUAAUGGCCCUAUAACCCUUUUUUUGACCAAUGAAGGAAGUUACGCAGACUGAAAGGUUAAAGAAUCCAGUGGUACAGGGUGUAACACUUCAGCAAAAUGACUGAGUGACAAAUAACAUGUACAUCAAUGUCAUCAAAACAACAUGUUCAUUUUCCAUAACUCAUGAAUUCUUACUACAACACCAAACAACUGUGACUGUUUUGGCGUAGGAUUAUACUUCUGUUUAUGUGUGUGUUUUUGUGAAAAAUAAGAUCAAACCGAAAAAUAUGCUCCAUGCAUCAUAGUUAAAUUCCACGCAGCAAGUUGCCUACAUCCGAAACCUCAUGCACAAUUCAAAUGGCUCAAUGAUUAGGAGAUUAUGCAAAUCAAAAAUGGAAGAUAAACUGGGAAAAAUAAUGAAUCUUCAUGUGAAUAUAUCAGUAACUAAUCACUGAAAUUCCUAGAGAUAAUGGGAACUGCAGAUGCUGGAGAAUUCCAAGAUAAUAAAAUGUGAGGCUGGAUGAACACAGCAGGCCAAGCAGCAUCUCAGCAGCACAAAAGCUGACGUUUCGGGCCUAGACCCUUCAUCAGAGAGGGGGAUGGGGAGAGGGAACUGGAAUAAAUAGGGAGAGUUAGGGGGAGGCGGACCGAAGAUGGAGAGUAAAGAAGAAAGGUGGAGAGAGUAUAGGUGGGGAGGUAGGGAGGGGAUAGGUCAGUCCAGGGAAGACGGACAGGUCAAGGA